AUGGCAUUGUUGAAGUCCCCCGAGAAGCAGGUGAACCUCUUCUACUCCGUUGAGUGUGAAGAACUUGCCCACAAGGUUGCUCUUCUAUCUCCCCACAUCAUUCUCCAGAACAUUAAAUGGAGGUCAUUUGCUGAUGGGUUUCCAAAUAUAUACAUAAAUAAUGCAGAAGAACUCCGAGGGCAACAUGUUGCUUUUUUGGCAUCUUUCAGCUCCCCAGCACAUGUCUUUGAACAACUAUCUGUUGUAUAUGCACUCCCUCGUCUAUUUGUUGCUUCCUUCACAUUGGUAUUGCCUUUCUUUCCAACUGGAUCCUUUGAGCGAAUGGAGGAAGAAGGAGAUGUAGCAACCGCCUUCACCCUUGCAAGGAUGUUGUCAAAUAUUCCAAUUUCAAGAGGUGGCCCAACUAGCAUAGUCAUAUAUGACAUUCAUGCCUUGCAGGAGAGGUUUUAUUUUGGAGAUGAAGUUCUGCCUUUGUUUGAGACUGGUAUUCCUCUCUUAAAGCAACGUCUGGGUCAGCUUCCUGAUGCUGAUAAUGUAGUUAUUGCAUUUCCAGAUGAUGGCGCAUGGAAGCGAUUCCACAAGCAGUUUGAUAAUUUUUCAGUGGUUGUAUGUACUAAGGUUCGUGAAGGUGACAAGAGGAUAGUUCGGCUCAAGGAAGGCAAUGUCUCUGGUCAUCAUGUAGUCAUUGUUGAUGAUUUGGUCCAAUCUGGAGGCACCUUGAUUGAGUGUCAGAAAGUUUUGGCAGCGAAUGGUGCAGGAAAGGUGAGUGCCUAUGUCACCCACGGUGUGUUCCCUAACCAAUCAUGGGAGCGAUUCACUCAUAAAAAUGAAUCCUUGGAGAAAGCAUUUACCCACUUCUGGAUCACAGAUUCUUGCCCUCGUACUGUCAAAGCUAUAGCAAAUAGAGCUCCUUUUGAAGUAUUGAGUCUAGCCGGGUCUAUUGCUGAUGCUCUACAAAUUUGA